GACUCCAGCCUGUACGCUUUCAUCCUACCUUUAUCAUCUCGACCACGAUGCAAUACCCCAAGCAGCCUCUGAUCAUCGCUGCUAUCCUGAGCAUGGCGUCUCACAGCCUGGCUUGCGUUGACUUUGGCUUCACUAUCAGCCAGUUCGAUUACGGAGUUGGUGACCUCAGCGACAACGGUGUCAAGAUUUGUACCUUCAAUGGCUACGGAGGUAACAAAGGUUACAAUAUGAAAUGCAAUCCAGGAUAUUCUGCGUACGUCCCGAACGGCGCCAAUACCGUCGAAUACAAGACUCCCCAUGGAGACUAUACUUUUGCGACACAGUGCCACUACUCCAGCGCCGGUGGGACAACACAGGGUGGGGAUAUCAAGGUCUGCAUCGCCACGCCGUUCUGUUAGGCGACACUCUCUUUGGCUCGCAAUCUCUGCCUGGCCGUCCUGCAAGGGCAUAGUCACAGAGGGAUCUGGGUGUUUCGCGACGCAAGGCGGGAACUUGGUUGUUGUUGCCUCUUUUUGUACCUAUCGUAGCUCAAGGGUAGUGGCAGCCUUCGAUGUCCACCCAUCAUUGAUGAACAUGAUGAAUCAUCGCGAUAUAUUGCGUUCAAGCGG